UCUAGGGAACACAGACUGAGUGUUCCAGAUAAUCCCUUUCGCGGUCCUGCCUGACCGUCAGGCCUACGGGCUGUGUGCCUGGGCUUCCCGGGACUGGCUGGGGUCUGAGGAGGACCCACCCAGCUACAGGAUGAGGCUGGUCACCAGCUCCUUGAUUCUGUGGCUCAGCCUGGGGGGCGGCCUGGCACAGAGCGACACCAGCCCUGACGCAGAGGAGUCCUAUUCAGACUGGGGCCUCCGGCACAUCCGAGGCAGCUUCGAAUCUGUCAACAACUACUUUGAUUCCUUUCUGGAGCUGCUGGGAGGGAAAAAUGGAAUCUGUCAGUACAGGUGCCGAUAUGGAAAGGCACCAAUGCCCAGACCGAACUACAAGCCUCAGGAGCCCAAUGGCUGCAGCUCCCACUUCCUGGGUGUAAAGGUACCAGAAAGUAUGGACUUGGGCAUUCCAGCAAUGACCAAGUGCUGCAACCAGCUGGAUGUCUGUUACGAUACUUGCGGUGCCAACAAGUACCGCUGCGAUGCGAAAUUCCGAUGGUGCCUCCACUCUAUCUGCUCUGACCUGAAGCGAAGUCUGGGCUUUGUCUCCAAUGUGGAAAUAGCAUGCGAUUCUCUGGCUGACACUGUGUUCAACACUGUGUGGACCUUGGGCUGCCGACCCUUUAUGAACAGUCAACGGGCAGCCUGCAUCUGCGCAGAAGAGGAAAAAGAAGAGUUAUAAGGAAGAGGUGAUUCCCUGCUAGUUCUGAGUGACACCACAGCUGUCAGUACUGGAGAGGGGAACAUGAGGCAGAUGUGUCUCAUGCCUUUUUCCAAAAGCUUGGACGCCUCAAAGCAGGAGGAAGGAAACACUUGACAGCUGGAACUUGAGUCCCAUCCUUUGAGGAGAAUUGGAAAGAAGACAUGGAGUGAUCUGAAGCCCACUCGUUACUUUAACGCUGGUCUCCCCAACUCAGACACAUUCGCCUGGAAAUUCAGGCUCUUCACUUAAAGACUCUAUAAAUGAAGACUAAAUACUGGGAAUCCUGAACUUAACAAUCACAUUCAUAAGUGAAAUUUUGGAGAGUCCAACCAUUUGGGAAGCAGUGAGUUUCCUCUAGUCCAUGUGUCAGUUGCCAGUAAGCAUCUCACAUAUAAUAAAGUGUACUUUUUAGAAAAUUUGAAAA